AUGGCAGAAAUUAGGCUAACCAGGAUGGAGUCCGGCCAAACCAAGAUUAAAAAUGUUCCAAUAGCUGUGACCCCAGAAGGGUUUUGGUGCUGCCCUUCUCCUGUGGUGUUUCAGAAAAGCCUAAAGGCUCAGAAUCCUCUCCAUAAGCCCAAAGCCUCUUCACCCCCAUCAAAAUCCAGUGUUAAAAAAAAGCCAGUGUCUGUUCCAGUGUAUGAGAGAAGAACUGCUGCAGUCUCAGCUGCCCCUUCUAGAUUGGUGCUUUCUGAUGAUCAGCAAUGUGCAACUGCUCCAGAAAGACCUGCUCCUGCAACCUCAUCUGUGGCUGCUGCAGAGAGGGGACCCAGGCCAAAGAUUGAAUCUUUGCCAAAGAAGGUUGCUAUUGAGUUUGGUGAACCUGGAAGUUGUGAUAUGAAAGUGAUUUUGUUAGGGAAGCAGGGAUUUUGUGUGAAGUUAAGUGUGCACAGGAAUGUUCUGAUUGAGAAGAGUAGCUUCUUCUCUGAGAAACUAUCUGAACAAUCGGGUUUGUCAUGUCUCCAAAUCGGUGACUGUGAGGAUGUUGAGAUAUAUGUUGAAACUGUUGGUCUUAUGUACUGUAAGGAGAUGAAGCAGCGGCUUAUGAAGCAAAGUGUUUCUCGCAUUCUUCGAAUACUUAAGGUAGCAGAAUUCCUUGGGUUCAGCUCUUGCAUCCAAUCAUGUUUGGAGUUCUUGGAAGCAGUCCCUUGGGUUGGAGAUGAAGAGGAGGAAAAGGUGGUCUCAACUGUGCUACAACUCCAAGCAGAAGGAAUUGGAGUCAACCCUGUGCUGAAACGAAUUUCAUCUGACAUUUCUAAUGUCCCUAAGGACACUAUUUCCCACAUCAUCGACCUUGUUCUGAAAAGCAACGAGGAAAGAGGCCGCCGAGAGAUGAAAUCCAUUGUUCUAAAGCUCCUGAGGGAGAACAACAGUCUUCCUAGCUAUGCGCGCACAACCGAUAUUUGUAAUGACACAAUUUACGGAUCAUGCAGAACCUGCUUAGACUCAUUACUGACACUGUUUAAGCAGGCUGCAGAACCGGAUGAGGACCGAGAUCGUCUAGCAAAGUGCAUAGCUCUUGAAGCUGAUAACUUAACAUGGUUGCUUGAGAUUUUAGUUGACAAACAAGCUGGUGAUGAGUUUGCACUUAUGUGGGCAAACCAACAGGAACUGGCCGUGUUACAUGCAAAGCUGCCAACAGUGUUGCGCUACCAUGUUAGUUGCCUUUCUGGUAGACUGUAUGUUGGCAUUGGGAGAGGGGAGUUGCUGCCUUCAAAGGACACACGCCGGUUGUUAUUACAGACAUGGCUGCAGCCUCUGAUGAAUGACUACAACUGGCUGCAGCAUGGAUGCAGGUCAUUUGAUAGGAAACUUGUGGAAGAAGGAAUCGGGAGGACUAUUCUCACCUUGCCUCUGGAGGAUCAACAGAGCAUUUUGCUUUCAUGGUUGGGGAGUUUCUUGAAAACUGGUGAUAGCUGUCCAAAUCUUCAGAGGGCCUUUGAGGUGUGGUGGAGGAGAACUUUCAUUAGGCCUUAUGUGGAGAACCAAGGUAACGUUGCUGUGUCAGAUAGUUCAAUGUUGCCACAGCGACAUGAAUGA